CAGAAAUAUAUGAAGCCAAUGAAUUAUCUGAGGAAGUGGAUGAGGAAGUGGAGGAGCAUGACAAUUGAAGGGAUGCCAAGAGGUUGGGUUCGAGGUGAAGAGUGUGAAUUGUGCUAAUCAAUGGAUGGGAUCAUUGAAGUCAAAGAAAGUUCAAUAAGAAGGGAAGGGAAGGCAGCUAAGAAGGGUCUCCAGCUGGAGAUGCAGUCCAUUUGGAUAGAAGCAAAGGCAGAGGGGAAGCUUGUAUCAAGCCGUGAGAUUGUUCAGAAGGUCCUGAAGAAAAAGGUGAAGUAUGGACCGAAG